AUGGCAAACGAUAUCGAAGUCCAAACCGCCACGGUCGCCCGUGCCGAGAGCGUCGAUGAGAAAUUCGUUGGCGCCAAAGAUGUCGACGAAGCACUCCAAUUUCUGCACGCCCAUGCUGCCACGGCUCAGCUCACUGAAAUCAACGAGAAGAAGCUUAUGCGGAAGGUCGACUGGAUGAUCAUGCCAUUGAUGUUCUCGGUCUAUUAUCUGCAAUACACCGAUAAGACCUUGCUUUCUUCGGCCGCCAUAAUGGGUGUCAUUGAAGAUACUCAUAUGCCCGAUAACGGCUUCAGUCAUCUAGCCAUGGCUUUUUAUAUCAGCUUCUUGUUCUGCGAAAUCCCACAGUCAUAUUUGAUCCAACAUUUCCCAACCGCAAAAUACUUGGCUUGCAAUGUCAUUCUUUGGGGCGUUGUGGUUACGCUCAAUGCGGCAUGCCACAGUUUUGCACCUAUAGUAGUACUUCGUGUUCUGCUUGGUGUCCUCGAGGCGUCCGCAGCACCUAGCCUUAUCAUCCUCACGUCUAUGUGGUACAAGCGAGAGGAGCAAGUCGUGCGAAUGGGCAUCUGGUACCAGGGAACCUCGAUCGCACCAGCCGUGUCCAGCCUUGUGUCAUAUGGCUUCCUUCAUUACACCAAUUCUCACCCUGACGUGCGCUUCAAGUCCUGGCAGAUUCUCUUCCUCAUGUGGGGAUUGAUCACGAUCUCGGUCGGAAUCCUUGUCUUUCUUUUCCUUCCAGACAAUCCUAUGAAAAGUCGACUCUCCACCGACGAAAAGCUCUUCAUCAUCGAGCGCGUCCGUGGCAACCAGACCGGGAUAGAGAACAAGAAGCUCAAAGGCAAGCAAGUCAAGGAGGUGCUGCUGGAUUUCAAAACGUGGCUCUUGAGUCUCAUCGUCAUCACGACCAACGUGCCAAACGGGGCUGUCAGCUCAUUCGCGAACAUUAUCAUUUCAAACUUUGGUUAUGACGAUUACACCACGCUACUCCUCAAUCUACCUGGCAGCGCAGUUGCUUUCGUCUCCGUUGGCCUAGGAACAUGGCUUGCAGGCAGGUUCAAUGCUAGGGGCCCCCUCAUUAUCGCCCUGAUUAUUCCCACACUCCUCGGCGGAGCUUUGAUGGCAUGGCUUCCUCCAGAUAACAAACCGGGGUUACUCGCGGGUAAUUUUAUGACGAACACAGUUGGCUCCACUCUCCCUAUGCUCUACAGUUGGAUUACCGCGAAUCACGGUGGACAUUCUAAGAAGAUCACUAUGAAUGCCAUAGUUUUGAUGUCGUUCUGUCUCGGUAACAUCAUCGGUCCGGAAACGUUCCAAGACAAGGAUGCACCGCAGUACAUUCCCGCCAAAAUGACCAUCGUCAUAAUCCUGUCGUUUGCGGUCCUUUUCACGGUCCUUCUGGACUUGGCUUACAUUCGGGAAAACAGGAAGAGGGACAGAGAAGGACAUCAGGAACUUCCUCCGAACUUUGAGUUCCUCGAUCUUACCGACAAGGAGAAUAGGAAUUUCAGAUAUGUUCGUUAG